GAUGUCCCCGAAAAAGGAGAGUCAAGGACUCGAUGAAAAGGAAGAUAAAGAUCAGGAUGAGAAACAUAAUUUCAUAACUGGAGAAAAAUCAUUUAGUUGCUCACAUACUGAAAAGACUUCCUCACAAAAAAGAGCUCAAAAGACUGGAACUACAAGUAAUUUAACCUGUCAACAGUGUGGAAAACGUUUCAGCAGAAAAGGAAACCUUAAUUAUCACAUGAGAAUUCACACUGGAGAAAAGCCUCACUCAUGCCCUCAAUGUGGAAUAAGUUUUACUCAAAAAGUAAUCCUUAACAGGCACAUUAGAGGUCACACUGGAGUGAAGCCUUACACCUGCAAACUAUGUGGAAAGAGUUUAAUGAGAAAAGCAAGCCUUAACAACCAUAUGAGAAUUCAUACUGGAGAGCAGCCUUACACCUGCCCUCAGUGUGAAAGGAGUUUUGCACAUAAACAAACUCUUAAGGCCCACUUGAGAAUUCACACAGGAGAGAAGCCUUUCGCCUGCCCUCAGUGUGGGAAGAGUUUCACUGGAAGAGGAAACCUUGUAGUCCACAUGAGAAUUCACACUGGAGAAAACCCUUUCACCUGUCAACAGUGUGGAAAACGUUUUUCUCAAAAAGGAAACCUUAAAAAACACAUGAAUGCACACUGGAAAGAAGCCUUCUACAAAUGAUCAGAAUUUCAGAGAUAAAGUUACCCUUAGAUGUGUACGAUCACACUGGUGUGUCAUGAGAUUAACUGCUAAAUUCAGCUCUGCUUUUGUGCUUUAGCUGGUGCUGAGCCAGAGACGGCUGUGCUCAGCGCAAGUUAUAGUACACAACUAAACAAGGAAAUGUCUUCUCACAUUCAACUGCUUUUAUUUGAGGGAAUUUCUUAACGUGUGUACAUAUUUGUAUGAGCAAAAAAAAAAAAGUAAUAUCAAAAGCAGCAGUCAGUAUCUUGUGCAACCACCAGCUGCUUUAAUUACUAUAGUGCAUCUCAUCCUCAUGGACUGAAGCAGGUUUGCCAGUUCUUGCUGUGAGAUGUUACUCCACUAUGGUCACAUGUGAUCUGGCAUUACAAGGAACCAUCAGCUGUCCAUCCUGUCUCCCUGUAGCUCUGCCUUAGGCGUCUUACAUUACAGACACUUCAGUUUAUUGCUCUGUCCUCAUGACUCCUGCAGCAGGACAAUGGCAUGUUUACAGAGGUGAUCAGGAACCCUGGGCAUCUUUAUCCUGGUGUUUUUCAGAGUCAGUCGAAAGAUGUCUUUAAAGGGGUCAUAUGGUGCGAUUUCAAGUUU